AUGCGGGGGCCGCUGAUGGCCCUGCCUUCGCUGCUGUUGUUGCUGUUUUGGUGCAGGCCACGAGGGUCCUCUGGCGGCGGAGCUGGGGGCGCUGGUUAUGCCCCGGUGAAGUAUGUGCAGCCCAUGCAGAAAGGACCAGUGGGACCGCCUUUCCGAGAGGGCAAGGGCCAGUACUUGGAAAUGCCUCUACCGCUGCUGCCAAUGGACUUGAAAGGAGAGCCAGGUCCCCCUGGGAAGCCGGGACCUCGGGGUCCUCCUGGGCCACCCGGCUUCCCGGGAAAGCCAGGGACUGGAAAACCUGGGCUCCACGGGCAGCCAGGCCCUGCUGGGCCCCCUGGCUUCUCCCGGAUGGGCAAAGCUGGUCCCCCAGGGCUCCCAGGCAAGAUUGGACCACCGGGGCAGCCAGGGUUGCGAGGGGAGCCAGGGAUACGAGGGGACCAGGGCCUCAGGGGCCCCCCAGGACCUCCUGGCCUUCCGGGUCCUUCAGGCAUUACUGUCCCUGGAAAACCAGGUGCCCAAGGAGUGCCAGGGCCUCCGGGAUUUAGGGGGGAGCCAGGACCCCAGGGAGAGCCUGGACCCCGAGGAGAUAGGGGCCUCAAAGGGGAUAAUGGAGUGGGCCAGCCAGGAUUGCCUGGGGCCCCUGGGCAGGCAGGUGCCCCUGGGCCCCCUGGGCUGCCUGGUCCAGCUGGCUUGGGCAAACCAGGUUUGGAUGGGAUUCCAGGAGCCCCUGGAGACAAAGGUGACUCUGGCCCCCCUGGGGUUCCAGGAUCUAGGGGAGAGCCAGGAGCUGUGGGUCCAAAAGGGCCCCCUGGGGUAGAUGGUGUCGGGGUACCAGGGGCAGCUGGGGUACCAGGGCCACAGGGCCCAGUAGGGGCUAAAGGGGAGCCAGGACCCCGGGGCCCCCCUGGCCUGAUAGGUCCUAUUGGCUAUGGAAUGCCAGGAAAACCAGGACCUAAGGGAGACAGGGGCCCAGCUGGGGCCCCGGGGCUCUUGGGGGACAGAGGGGAGCCAGGAGAGGAUGGGGAGCCAGGAGAGCAGGGUCCACAGGGCCUUGGAGGUCCACCUGGCCUUCCUGGGUCUGCAGGGCUUCCCGGUAGACGUGGUCCCCCUGGGCCCAAGGGAGAGGUAGGACCUGGAGGUCCCCCAGGAGUGCCUGGCAUUCGGGGUGACCAAGGACCUAAUGGCCUGGCUGGAAAGCCUGGGCUUCCUGGUGAGAGGGGACUUCCUGGGGCCCAUGGACCCCCUGGACCAACUGGGCCCAAGGGUGAGCCAGGUUUUACAGGCCGCCCUGGUGGGCCUGGGGUGGCAGGGGCCCUCGGACAGAAAGGUGACUUGGGGCUUCCUGGGCAGCCUGGCCUGAGGGGCCCUUCUGGAAUCCCAGGACUCCAGGGCCCAGCUGGCCCUAUUGGGCCCCAGGGUCUGCCAGGCUUGAAGGGUGAACCAGGCCUUCCAGGGCCUCCUGGAGAAGGGAAAGUCGGGGAACCUGGCUCUGCUGGGCCCACAGGGCCCCCUGGGGUCCCUGGCUCCCCAGGACUCACAGGUCCUCCUGGGCCCCCUGGCCCCCCUGGGCCUCCUGGGGCCCCUGGGGCCUUUGAUGAGACUGGCAUUGCAGGCUUGCAUCUGCCCAAUGGCGGCGUGGAAGGGGCUGUCCUGGGCAAAGGAGGCAAGCCACAAUUUGGGCUGGGUGAGCUGUCAGCCCAUGCCACUCCAGCCUUCACUGCGGUGCUCACCUCCCCUUUCCCGGCCUCAGGCAUGCCAGUUAGGUUUGACCGGACUCUCUACAAUGGCCACAGCGGCUACAACCCAGCUACUGGCAUCUUCACCUGCCCGGUAGGAGGCGUCUACUACUUUGCUUACCAUGUACACGUCAAGGGCACCAAUGUAUGGGUAGCCCUGUACAAGAACAACGUGCCGGCCACCUACACCUACGAUGAGUACAAGAAGGGCUAUCUGGACCAGGCGUCAGGAGGCGCUGUGCUCCAGCUGCGGCCCAACGACCAGGUGUGGGUGCAGAUGCCCUCAGACCAGGCCAAUGGCCUCUACUCCACUGAGUACAUUCAUUCUUCCUUCUCAGGAUUCUUGCUCUGUCCCACAUAACCUGUGGGGGACCCUGCUGCCCUGGCCUCCUCCUCUUUAGUGAUAGAGAGACCUUUCCAGUUACAGAGAUCUCCAUUUGAAGGAAGCAACCAAAAGCUGAACAGAGGCGGCAGCGGCGGUGGCAGCGGCCUUGCCACGAGGAGACUCACCUGCUUUCUGUAGGCCGAAGUUGUUUUUGGAAGAGGUUGGCCUAAUUUCCUUUCCCCCAGGUGCACUGUGGGGGUUGUAGCCUGUUCUGGACCUGCCUGGACUGCAGGCAGCCCCCACCUCGUGAGUCCUGGAAGCUGCUGGGAGAGAUGGCUUUCUUGGUGGCCUUAGAUGGCACGGAACAGGCCAGGGGCUCCCUGUGUUCGCUGGGCCUCUUCCUGCUCCCCACAGGGGCCUCUGGCAAAAGACAUUAGGUUCUCUGAGAUUUUUGUUUCCUUUCGGGGGAAAGGCAGAAGGGAAUGGGGACCAUGGAGGCAGUCAAUAUGGAUAGACACCCCCCCUCCCCCAAGUGAUGCCAUGGAAUCAGACCAGUCCUGGUGGGGAUGGUUGUGUGGCCCUUGCUACUGGCCCCUGGAAGAUCCUGGAGCAGCCAUGUGGAGAUCUGUGAAGGGAAAGGGGUAUGGAUCUGAGGCAGGCUGGUAGCUCUUCUGUUUCUUUGACUAUCUCUGAAGGGUUGGCUCUUCAGCAUGAGGGUGGCAGCCAUGGGCUGAGAUGGAACACUGUGCAGUGUCUAUACAAGACGGCAGAGCCAACCAGGACUGAUGAAGCAAACGUGGGUAUCUCUCCCUCUUUCCUCUCACCUGCCGGGGGUGGGCCACUUCUCUCCUUAUCAGACUGUUAGGGGACGCUUGCCAACUCCAAACUAACCAUCAAGGCAAAACGCCUCUCGCCGGCCCCUCUGAAGGGGCAUGCAAGCUUGUGGGUGAAGACUUGUUUCUCCUUAAGAACUGCGCCGUGGCUAUUUAGUGUCUACUAGAGGGGCGCAUCUGUGGGCACUUCCUCUCUCUCUGCCCUCUGCUUCCAAUUUCCUGUUCUAAGCAGGGUAGGGCCCAGGAGUCUGAGGCUCUGAAAGAAAAGAUGCCAGCAGGCUCCCACUGGAAUGAGCUGGCUCUAGGGCUUCUACCACCCUCCCUAAUCAGGGCGCUCCUGUAGGAGACAGGUGGGGCUUGUUUCCCAGCCCCUUGGCCCCCAGUCCAGGCUGGGCUCAGUGCUGGGGCCAGGGAUGGUGGGUAUUCUUGCCUAUGUAAGGAUGGCUGCUUUCUCUAUGGUUUAGGACCUUCGUCAGUCCUCACCUAGUCAGCCCACUUCACGGUACCAAGUGUGAAUCUGGGACAUUCAAUAGGUGAUCCAUCUUGGGCACCCAUCUGGGCCCGUGCGGAUGGACUGAGGACGAGGGCCCAGCCCCCUCCCCUGCCUACAACUGCAAAGCAGCCUAGUGGACAGCCAGCCCGCUUCAGCUUCCAGUGGGGGAUCUGCUUGUGACAGCAAGAAGAUGACCUGUGUACUUUUUCUGCGACACCCAAGAGAACCAGCUGGUGUCUGGGCCUUUAAUGCAACCUCCUCCUACCCUGGGUCAAAGCCACUAAUCUGAUGUGUUAGGGAUGGGUUCUGAUGGGCCGAGAUGAAUCAGCUCCCAGAGGGAACUCUGGAGACUAAGGAUGCCAGGGUGCCCAGAAAGCUAAGCAGAGCUGCCAGACUGCACCUGGAAGCCUUUAGGAUUAGUGAUUCUGAACGUUUGUGGGUUGGAGCUGUGGGUGUCACUGACCAGCUUUGACAAAUAAUGUCAGGUUUUAACUAUGACAACUACACUUACCCUGUGCGUUUCUGUAUUCUGGCUCUUAUUUUUUUUAUUUUUUUAAGAUUGAGGUUUUCCAAUCAUUUCAUUUCUAACCUGGUAUAGGAGGUUCCUCUCUACUUACCAUGGGACCCAUGUCAGGUUCAGGGAAAAUGCACCGGGGAAUCAGAAAAAAUUGGACUUCUCUUUAAAAAGAGAACUACAGUAUUGACUAUAUUGAUUGACUGCCCCAAUAAAACCUG